AUGGACGUUAGCCUGCAGUUGCUACGGGUGUUCCGGAUGGUGAUAUUGUUCAUGUUGCUGCAGUACGCUGUGGCCACUCAUUACCGUCUGCUCGUGUUGCAUACCAACGACAUGCACUCUCGGUUUGACCAGAUCGACGAGACCGGUGCAGAAUGCUCCGUGGACAGCCAGCCUUGCUACGGAGGUUUUGCGCGGCUCAAGGCGGCUGUCGACCAGGAACGGCGCCAUGCCGACGAGGGCACCGUCGACAGCGCGCUGUUCCUCAACGCCGGCGAUACGUUCCAGGGUACAGCGUUCUACACGUUACUCAAGUGGCAGGCCGUCGAGCGCAUGGUCCGGAAACUAGGCAUCGACGUCAUGUGCUUAGGAAAUCACGAAUUCGACGACGGUGUAGAAGACGUAGCUCUGUUCAUACGAAACAUAACCAUUCCAGUUGUAGCUUGUAAUCUCGACCUAACCAACGAACCGUUAUUGGUUGAAGAGCCGAACUUGAUGAAAUCAAAAGUUCUGACGAUGAAAGGUCGUAAAAUUGGAAUUAUCGGAUACUUGACACCGGAGACAACGGCGAUAUCACUAGUGGGCCACGUGAAAAUAUUGCCCGAAAUUCCAUCGAUUGCGGCCGAGGCAAAACGUCUGAAAAAUGACGGAGUGGAUAUUCUCGUAGCGCUGGGACAUUCUGGUAUAGUAAUGGAUACACAGAUAGCCAGGGAUAUAGAGGACAUCGAUUUGGUGAUUGGUGGACAUUCACAUACGUUUUUAUACACGGGAGAUCCGCCAGAUAUCGAUGAGCCCUUUGGUCCAUAUCCUCUUUGGGUGGAACAACCAAACACCAAAAGGAAGGUGCCUGUCAUCCAUGCAUAUUACGGUACCAAAUACUUGGGUGAAUUGUGGCUGGAAUUUGAUGAAGCCGGUGAAGUUGUGAAAAGUUAUGGAAACCCGAUUUUAUUAGAUUACAGUAUCGGACAAGAUUCCGAACUAUUGAACGAAGUAAAAAUCAUGAACAAAGUGAUCGAGGACAAGACUAAACAAGUAAUUGGUUCAACGAGCGUAUUCUUAGAAGGAAUCAAUGAAUACUGUAGAUUCAGAGAAUGCAACCUGGGAAAUUUCAUAACGGACUCUUUUGUAGAUUAUAAUAUUCGAAACAAUAUUAAAUCGUUUGAUUUGACCAAAUACUGGACCGACGCACCCAUAGCAUUGUUACAAGCUGGUGGAAUACGGACAAACAUGAAUAAUAUGAAUAAAAGAGGUAACAUCACUUUUGGUGAUUUACUAUCGUCACUACCGUUUCAAGAUGAUAUAGGUAAGAUUACGACUACGGGUUCAGACAUUUGGGCAGCUUUUGAGCACUCCGUUCGACGCUACAGUAAAACGGUAGCCAACGGUGAAUUUUUACAAGUUUCAGGCUUAAAUGUCGUAAUAGAUUUUAGUCGGCCCAGUGGCGAUCGAGUGCAAUCCAUUUACGCUAGGUGUGGAAAUUGCGCCGUGCCGAUGUACGAGAAAUUGGAUUUAAACGCCAAUUACACAAUAAUUAUCAGUAGUUAUCUGUCAGAAGGUGGGGAUGGUUUUUCGUUCAAAAAAGUGUUAGAAUACAAGAGUUUUGGAAAAUCGGAUUUGAGUAUCGUGGAAGAACAGAUUCGCUCAAGGUCUCCAAUAUGGCCUGAAGUUGGUCAACGGAUAGUGCUGCUUAAAAUGGAAGAGUUGAACAAGGUGGAGGCAACCAGCAGUAAUAGCCAACUCGAUUUCACAUCCUUUUUGAACAUGACCAUAUUACUGUUGACCAUCACCAUAACUUUGUGUAUGGCCGACCAGAGGCUUGCUAACACAAGAAUAUGAGGCUAACCAUAACCCCCA